GACAGUGAAUGUUACUCGAUAUCUUUGGAAUACAACACGUUCGUCAGCUAUUUUACGUAACUGAACAUUAAAAAAUGACACAAUAAAAACUGUGAGGGCUACUGGUGAUGCGCUUAUUUUGCUCAAAUGUAACCUUAUUCUACCAUUGUUUUUUCUAAUUUAAUUAUCAAUUUUGUGGGAUGUAGUCAAUAUUAAAGCAUAAACAUAUAAUGCCUUUGCAUUUAAAGCUUGUUUGUGGAGUAAACAACGGAUAGGAGGAUUAUAUUGAUGGGAAUAGUAGUCUUAAGAACCAUUGAUGGAUGAAUCUCAUCAUUUACGCUUGGUACAGAUCAUUCGCAUUUUGAUGGUCACAAAAACAGCAUUUUCACAGUCACCACAGUUGAUUCAAGCAAAUGGAUGCCGAAAUGUAACGUACAGAGGAACGGUUUUCAACUUGUCAAAUAACAGUCCGGCAACAUGCUUUAAAGCAUGCGGAAACACAACGACAAGCGUUGCCUUACAGUUUAUGGAAUGUGCAUGUGAUCCAAAUACGAAUAGUAAAACAAGCUACGGCACAAUUAUUGCGAAACCAUGCACAGGAAAUGCAAAAACGAAUUGCGGUUGCCUAAUAAGAAAUACGUUUCUUUGGUCACUAUAUGAAAUUGACAAAAACGCACUUUUUGAUAUCGUGAAUAACCUCAAGAUUGACCCUUCUGAUGACAUAAGAUGUAUAUCUGCACACAAAGACGAAAACACAAUUAAAUAUGAAGUCGAAGAUUGUGAUACUAGGCAUGUAACAAUGUGUAUUUCAGUAUUGACAAGAGAGCGCUUCAUCUCCCAGCCGCAUUCUUGGCAGAACCAGACGUGUAACAAUCUGCUCCAAAAACCAGUCAACAGAAGUGAACUUAAUUCCCAAAAUCUUAAUAUAAACUCGAACAUAUGGACAAAUGUAUUUAUUGAAAAGGCUCAAGAUCCAAACAUACAGUCAAUAAUUUACAAUGCCACGUUGGAUACGUCAACAGCAAGUCUACUCACACCAAUAGAAACAACUCAACUUCGUGAAUCUCUUCAAGAAACGUCGUUGUUUAACAGCCAAUACUCCACAUCCGCUCAGUUAGAAUUUUCUAAAACAACGGAAACGACAUAUUUAAAUACAGAGCAAAUAGUGCAUUUUGAUAUAACUUCGUCAUUAUCCGAUUUACCUAUAAAUGUUAUGCAUGCAACGGCUUUAAUUAAAGUCAGCGUGGAACCGUCGACUGAAGACAUUUCUGGACGUCUGUUUUUGGAACAUUUGGCAUCCUUUGAAAAACACGUACUAUCGGUGACAGAGCCGAAUUCUGUGCUGUCAAAUAAUGUUUUCUUAACUGAUCAAGAAUCGAGCUCAUUAAGUUUGACGAACUUUCGUCAGCAAACGUCUGCCACACAUUCACAAACAAUUUCGACAUCAUUCUCAACUGUAUCAGAAAAACAGUUCCUCAUAUCAAAAUUCAGUCUUACAAACAUCAACCAGCAAGUGAUUUCGAGAAACCAUCACUUAAUUGUCGAACAGUAUACCAAGCCACCUUUACCCGAAUACGUUCACUAUGGUCAUGCAGAUAGUCUGUCGUUUACUACAUCAUCUGAAAGCGUUGCUUCAUCUGUAAUAAAUCCAACAAAUGUCCUAGGGUCGAGCUCCAUUGACCGUGUGGCAAGAUUGAAGGAUCAAACUCCAAAACCAGAAUCUCUAUUGGGAACAUUUUCUGAUAUAAAAGUGUAUGUGAUAGUGAUAAUGACAGCUGUGAUAUGUGGAAUGAUUGGCGUAGUAACUGCUCUGCUACUAAUUAAUAGAACUCUGGUAGCGUCUCAGAAGGAGAUGACGAGAAUGAACGACUUACUGAGUCGCAAACUUCGUGGAAUAGACACUUGCGAUGAAUUGCCGUUAACCAGUGUCGUUGAUGACAUUGGGACAGGGAACAUGCGCAGAUUGGAGAGCAGACCGAAUGAAUACACGUUCUCUCCACAUAACGUAAACGAUAACGAAAGCAGGCAGUCGAGUUAUGUUGGUAACCGGGAUAACGAGAUGGCAACAAGAACUAACGAGUUUCCAUCAUUUUCGUUCAGUACACGAAGUGAUCUCCGGAGGUAUGAACGGUCUUAUUCAAGACCGUUUGGUCCUAUGGCAUCGAGUGACUAAUGUUGUCAUAACUUCAAAAUAACUAUAAAAACACAACAAAGAGGACCGAUUUUUUUUAGCUAACUUAAGUAAUUAAUGGUAAUAACAGACAAAAGAGCUAAGGAAUGUAUAUACCUUUUCUUUCCAUCCAUCUCGCCCCCUGAUUUAUGUGACUUACUAUUUAUGUAUUAAUGGACAUACACAAAGAAUAAGUACAGAACAACUCGAAAUGUUGAGGGCGUAUUGACUAUCAACAUCACUUUUAUUUUAUGUAUUGUGUCCUUUUGUUCACAAAUGAUUACUUAACAACAGUAAGGUUGAGCUUUGAAUAACAUAAUGUUUAAAAAAUAUCAAAAAGUAUAUACGUUGGGUUUAAAAAUUGCCUCAAUUGAGCGUUAUACAAUAUAUUAAGAACUAUUAUAAGAGGUUUGCUAUAUUAAGAACAUUGUUAUAAAGUGUAUGGUUAUUUAUUUUAUAUUUCACAGCUGCAUUUCAGUAGGGAAACCUUGUUGCGUGUUUUGCUCGUUUCUAUAUUUUCGUGUUGUGCUGUGUUCUCAAGACGAGUGGUUAAAGCUUUUAAUGAAAAAUAUAUUAAUAUGGUGUACAUGAAAAAGAUCUUUCGAUUGAUUGUUGAAGAAAUAAGAAAUGAAGAAAGUACACUCUUUUGUUAUUGGUCACUCUCUCUUAUUGAGAUAAAACUGUAUUUGACUUG